AUGGGGGCUGGGGCCAGCGCUGAGGAGAAGCACUCCAGGGAGCUGGAAAAGAAGCUCAAAGAGGAUGCUGAGAAGGAUGCUCGGACCGUGAAGCUGCUGCUUCUGGGUGCCGGUGAAUCCGGGAAGAGCACUAUCGUCAAGCAGAUGAAAAUUAUCCACCAGGACGGUUAUUCGCUGGAAGAAUGCCUCGAGUUCAUUGCCAUCAUCUACGGCAACACUCUGCAGUCCAUUCUGGCCAUCGUCCGGGCUAUGACCACGCUCAACAUUCAAUAUGGAGACUCAGCCCGGCAGGAUGAUGCCCGGAAGCUAAUGCACAUGGCGGAUACUAUUGAGGAAGGCACAAUGCCCAAGGAGAUGUCAGACAUCAUUCAGCGCUUGUGGAAGGACUCGGGUAUCCAAGCUUGCUUUGACCGAGCCUCAGAAUACCAGCUCAACGACUCUGCUGGCUACUAUCUUUCAGACCUAGAGCGCCUGGUGACUCCAGGAUAUGUACCCACCGAGCAGGACGUCUUGCGUUCUCGUGUCAAAACCACUGGCAUUAUCGAGACUCAGUUCUCCUUCAAGGACCUCAACUUCAGAAUGUUUGAUGUGGGCGGGCAGCGUUCCGAGCGCAAAAAGUGGAUCCACUGCUUUGAGGGUGUGACGUGCAUCAUUUUCAUCGCCGCGCUGAGCGCUUACGACAUGGUGCUAGUGGAGGACGACGAAGUGAACCGAAUGCACGAGAGCCUGCACCUGUUCAACAGCAUCUGCAAUCAUCGCUACUUCGCCACAACGUCCAUCGUGCUCUUCCUCAACAAGAAGGACGUUUUCUCCGAGAAGAUCAAAAAGGCACACCUCAGCAUCUGCUUCCCCGAUUACGAUGGACCUAACACUUACGAAGAUGCCGGCAACUACAUCAAAGUGCAGUUCCUGGAGCUUAAUAUGCGACGUGAUGUGAAGGAGAUCUAUUCCCACAUGACGUGCGCUACCGACACACAGAACGUCAAGUUUGUCUUUGACGCUGUCACCGACAUUAUCAUCAAGGAGAAUCUCAAAGACUGCGGGCUCUUCUGAGACACCUGAAUUCAUGUGUGUCCCUUGCCCUGAGACUCUGUAGCCCUUCAGCCCUGUAGUCCCCUCAGAUAAUGUCUAUUCCGCAAGCUGCCGCUCCCAUAGCCACACACCCAAAGCCCUGAUGCUUGAAGUGCAACCCCUCCCUCAGGUACCCAGCUCCACUCUGCUUUUCACCGCCUGGCUACACUGGCCUCUUGGACCUACAGCAGCCAGUCUCAGCUAGGACAGGACUUGGGACAGCUGGAACUCACAGUGACUCAGCAGUGCCCUAGUGACCCGUCUCCAGCCUCUUCUGCCGCCCCCACCAGCAGCAGCUCACUAGCAGAUUCCGGUUCAGCAAACAGCCCUCCCUCCCCAGUUUCCACGAAGGGCUUGAGAUAUCCCUCCCUCAAGCAGUAGGCCAGUUCAGGCUGCUACCUGCAUAUGACAAGUCCAA